UACAAGGUCUUACGCCUCAAAUAGUCGCCGGUUCUGGACAGAAAAUUAGGAAACUAAUCAAAUCAAGGAAUAUGCCUUCAACAACCAUUCCUAUGUCCAUAGAGAAAGUCAUAUAUGGGUAAGGAGGAGAAAGAGAGAGAAACGCACACAAACAAGAGAUUUACACAGAGUGAGAAAUGGGUUUCCUCUAUUAUCCCCAAAGAUUGAAAUCUCAAUCUCAAACAACCAUUACAUGCCUCAUUCUCUUGUCUUCCUUGGUGGCAAAGUCCUUCUCAGAAAAGCCAACAGCGUAUGAAGUCAUUGAGGACUACGACUUUCCUAUGGGUAUCUUACCCAAAGGUGUCACAGGGUAUGACUUGGAUGAAUCAACGGGCAAGUUCUCUGCUUAUCUGAAUGGGACUUGUAACUUUUCUAUUGAAGGUUCAUCAUAUCAAUUGAGCUACAAAUCCACCAUCAAAGGCCACAUAUCACAAGGCAAGCUCUCAAACUUGCAGGGUGUAAAAGUAAAGUUGUUCUUCUUCUGGGUGGACAUAGUUGAGGUGGAUCGGCGCGGCGACGACCUCGAGUUCUCGGUGGGGAUAACAUCUGCUGGGUUCUCCAUUGAUAACUUUGAGGAGUGUCCUCAAUGUGGGUGUGGCUUCAAUUGUGGCAGUGGACAAGUAAGCAAGCUCAGAACAAAUCUAUUAGGUGUUUCUUCUUCUUUGUGAGAUUUGUAUAAGAGAGGCGUAGUACUGAAAUUUAAAAUUUGGGGUUUUUUUUUGUUGUGAUUAAAGGAAAUGGGUACUACUAAUUUUCUUGAAUUGAUGUUGUCUUUGGUUGAUUUGUUCA